AUGUCUCUUGCAACUCUAGAUACCUCUCAGCACCCUUACCUCCCCGAAUCAUCAUCGACCCUCUUCAGUGCCAAAGCCAGCCAGGGCCUGAGCUUCGAACAGAUUGCCCAACAUAUCGGUCGUAACGAAGUUGCCGCCGCCGCUAUCUUUUAUGGCCAAGCCAAGGCCUCGGCGGAGGAUAUCGAGAAACUCUCAGACUUGCUCGGGAUCGACCACGAACUGCUGAAGUCGCAACUGAGCGGAUUUCCAGACCGGGGCCGCACUGUGGAGAUGCCGCCGAAAGAGCCGUUGAUCUACCGUUUGUAUGAGAUUGUGCAGAAUUACGGGUAUGCGUACAAGGCGGUGCUGAAUGAGAAAUUCGGAGAUGGGAUCAUGAGCGCGAUUUCUUUCUCGACCAAGGUUGAGAAGGAGACGGAUGCGGAUGGGAAUAAUUGGGCGGUGAUUACGCUGAGAGGAAAGUGGCUGCCGUUCUCCAGAUUCUAG